AUGGAUAGAAAGAAGGAAGAAGCUUUGGUCCCGGCCGAGGGCGGUUCUGAGGUUAUGAGGUCGACGGCAUCGGCUGACGAGCGGGUUGAGGAUGCGGAUGAAGUUGACUACGAUGAUGAUGAUGACGACGUUGAGAGUGACAGAGACAGUGGCGAUCAUGUGUCAUCAGACGAAGAAGAAGAAGAAUCGAGGCAAAGUCGAGAAGAUUUGGUUGGAUUGAAGAUGGGUGAGAAGCAAUUCGUGAAGGCACCCAUUGCAGUCUAUUGGGAUAUUGGGAGUUGUGGAAUCCCUGAAGAAGGUUGUGAUGAUCAUUAUGCUUGUGGGCUCGUAGACAAUAAAAUCAGUAUCUCCAUUUGUCGCAGCGCAAUCGCGUACCUACACGUAAUUGGAAACGGAGAUAAGUAUGCAGACUUUAGCUUUAUAACUGCGGCAAUGUUAUCCCGGGCACAAGAGUUUCCUUCUCCUACAAACUAUCUGCUAAUCUCCGGAAACUCUAACUUAUCUAUUACUCUUAAUCUAUUGAAGAAGAAAGGGCACAAUAUUCUGGUAGCACUGCCUAAUGGAGAAGAAGCAUUAGGGCUUCUCAUUAAGGAUGCAUCAUCUGUCUGGUUCUUGGAUACUCUCAAGCUUGGUGGGAUCCCUCUCAUCCCAACUAGCUCGGCUCAGCCUGAUGAAGACGUUGAUGCAUUAUUGACCCCAAGCCUAAGCUGGAAAAAGUGCUUUUGA